AUGGCUGCCAACUUGCCAAAAUUUGUUGCAAAAACAAUUUCUCUUCUAAAUUUAGAAAGGAAAGCUGAAAUAGAAGAGACAAGGUCUCUCCAAGAAAACAUUAGUCCGAAGGAACUUCAGAAGAGAGGAGUUUGUUUGCUAAAGCUUCGUAUUAGAGGCCGAAAAACUGGAUUGUAUGGAAGAUGUCUUUUGACUUUUGAACUAAACAAGCCAGGUUCUGACGGAAAACUUCCUUCACAUUCCUUUACUCCAGGUAGUCUUCUUAUGAUUUUCAAGAUAAUGAGAAAUUUGAGUAUAUAAAUAAUACUGUUUCACUUUAUUACUGAAACUAGAGGCUACAAGGUAUGCAGUGAAGAAUAUUUAAAAGUGUAUACAUUAAGUUUAAAUAUUAUGGCAACUACAGAAUCUCUUCCUCAAGCAAAUUCCUUCCAUCAUUUGUACACAUCAAAGAAAUAAAGCAUUUGAUGUGUAUUUUAUAGGGGAUAUAGUUGGGCUUGGUUGGUUAAGUGGAGAUGUCAAAGACAUUGCCUCUGGAAUUGUCAGCCGUGUCACAGAAACAGCUGUCACAGUGGCAUUUGAAGAAACAGCUGACAGCUUGACAUUUGAUGAUGAUGGGCCAUUUAAACUAGUAAAACUUGCAAAUGAUGUUACUCAUAAAAGGAUCAAAAGGUUUGUUAUUAUGGGAAUUAACAUUUUCUAUGAAAAUACCAUCAAUUUCACUUUCAGUAAAUGCAAUUACCUGCCAACUCUCACACUUUAGGCAGGAGUCUUAUGUGUGCAGAUCAAAACCUUCGAUCUCAUGCCAAUUUAUUCCUACAGACUAAUUUCUCCUUCUUGGGAGAAAAAUGAGCUAUUGCAGCCUUAACUUGUGAUUUUUUAAAAAUAUACAAGGAAAAACAAUCAGAACCAAUGCAAAAAAGAAGAGUCCAUGUGAACGAUCAUACUCUCCCUGAAAUCUCCAAUUUUAUUAGGAAAGUACUGAAACUGAGAAAUUCAGAAAACCUCAGAACAUCUUUGGAUAUGAUUGGGUUCUCUACGUAAAUUUCUGGCACUCUCAGUAUAAAAAUGGCAUGCCUUUGACUCCAAAAAUGUUAGCAUGUGUAUUUCAAAUAAUAGUUUGAAUGAACCUGAGUCCCAUCAUAAGUUGAUGGAAUAUGCUUUUCCAGGUGACUGUAGUCCUGAAUAGAGCUGUUGUUGCCAGUGAUUGACAUUUUAACAACCUGCAUUUUUGGUUGUCUUUGUUACACUUUGUAACAAUUACAUGCAUUUGUAUGAAGGGUCCAAAUUUAACUGAGUUGUUAAUGUGCAACAACUAGACUGAGUUAGAACUUUUUUACAAAUGGGUCAAGUUCCACCUUUAUAUAAGUUUUUAAUAAAUUAUAUUAUUUUUGUGUCGGCCAUUUCUGCAGUGCUCUUGAUGCUUUGACGAAAUACAGAGAAGGUCCUGCGGCUCAUUUGAUUGAUGUCCUGUUUGGGAAUCUGUCUCCAGGCCCACCAUUACAAAUUCGACCUUUUAACGAAGAGUCACCAUGUUCGUUAUUUAAUCCUGAUCUUGAUGAGUCACAGAAACAAGCGGUAAAGUUUGCAUUGUGUCAAAGGGAGGUAGCUAUAGUGCAUGGACCACCAGGCACUGGUAAAACUACAACUGUGGUGGAAAUAAUCAUGCAAGCUGUCAAAAAACUUAACAUGAAGGUGAGGUGCCUUAUGUUCAAACGUCAAACUUUGAUGUAUGAAACAUAAUCCCCAUUUAAAAAUUCUUGAAAUUGGUAAACCAGCUUUCCAGAGAUGGAAAAAGUCUGAAAAAUGAAAGUGUAGAUUUUUGUUUUAGAAAGAAAAAAAACUACAGCAAGUGCAAGUGUUUAAUGGUUAAGUGUCAGUAUUAUUUUUCCCUAAGUCAUGUCUAAUUUAAUCUCAUCUGUAGCCAAAACUUUCAAUCACCGAAUAACAAGUCUCAGAACUAUCUUUUGUCUACAUUCAAGGCUGCUGCUUAAGAAAAUUUUCUGUUUGCCCUUCAGGCUCCAAACAUAAAAAGUAAGGAGCCCGAGCCACAUUUCUAGGAGCCCAUUGAUCAAUAAGCUUAAAUAAGGAAGCAGAUGCUUGAAACUUGAUUCAUGCAUCUCAAAAGUCGAUUUGUUUGAGUCUCGAAUUUCCAGAAAAGUGCUUGUUUGUUUACUUUUAUCAGCGGAAAUUUUUUGUGUAGUGUAGACAGACACACAUUUUACGUUUCCAUUUCAAAAGCGCAAAAUGAGCAGAAAAUUCGGUUGUUCGUUCAUUGGAAGUAGGCGUACAGGCUAUUGCCAUAAGAAUCAUAAGUUUGAGGCAUCCUUGUAGAAGACUCCUUGUUUAAAAGUGUAGUCGCCAGUGCGCAAAUCAUAGGAGCGUCUGGUGACCGGGCACCCGUUAGGCAGUAGCCUUGACAUUGCACUGUGGUUCCUGACUGUUUGCAGUGCAUUAUGGGAAAUUUUGGUUCCCAUGAUUGUACAGGUUUCUAUUGAUCACUUAGUUGAUAACGUUGAGUCUGGAUUAUCGUACUAGUUUCGCAAAAAGUCUGGAAAAAGUCUUGAAUUUUGCAUCCAGAAAUCCCUACAAACCCUCAUGCUAUAAAAAUCAACAACCUCCUUGAACCAUACCAUUUUUCAAGACAAUGAGAAUGCAUCUUUUUGUUGAUUUUUUAGGUUCUUGCUUGUGCACCUUCCAAUGUUGCUGUUGAUAACUUAGUUGAGAAGCUAGUGAAAGGCAAAGUCAAGGUAGAGCUUAAUUUUUUAAUUUGUUGUGCUUGUUCAAUUAACCUUAUUAAUAUACAACAAACUCAAGGCUGUGCUCUACCUCUUGGGUGACGAGGAAAAUUCUUAGCUUUUUCAUAGAAAUCCUAUGCUGGACACUCUGGAUUUCACCAGUUCAGAGCACUGAGCUCCACUUUGAAACAGGACACUUGGUGAAAUGUUCACCAGUACAGUAGAUACCAAGGUCAACCCAAACUCCCCACUAACACAAACUAAUGAAAUUUAUUACUUUUCCAUUAAGUCAAAUUUUAGUUAAUUCUGACCCACUAAUUUAAACUGCUUCUCUAAAAUAAGAUCUAGGUGACUUAAUCUAGUAGGGCAUACCGUAAACUUGCGAUUAUAACACCCCUUCCCCCUAUUUAUAGGCCCAUCUACGCAUAAACAAAAAGUACAUCUGGCCCCAGUUGUUCAAAAGCUGGAUAGUGCUAUCCACUGGGUAAAUCACUAUCCAGCAGAUAUGUAUUAGGGAAACCAAUUGCACUAUCCACUGGAUAGAGAUUUAUCUGCUAGGUAGAGCUAUCCACCUUUUGAACAACUGGGGCCUGGUUAUUAGCCCCCCUCUAGCAUGCAUUGAAAUGAAUUUGACUUUUUAUGACGUUUUGAAGCUUAAAGAAGCGAUCACAUUCAAAAAGUACUUUGAUCAGCCCUGCUAAGUAGCUUGUUUUGAGACACUUUUUUUAGUCUGGUUAUAACCCCGCCCCCCUUUAAUAAGCACUCCUAAAACCCCUUACAAAGUUUUGUAAGUCCAGGGCUUAUAAUCGCAAGUUUCAGUAUUACUGCGCAGUCUUGUUCUUUGGUAGCCCCAGCAGUGUCAAGCUUCUGGGGCAGUUAGAAGUCAACUUACAUAGACCAACUUUGGCGUGACACUAGCGAGUAUGCUGCUCCUGGCAGGUCAUUGCUACUUGUUCCCAAGGAGACUUGACCUGAUGAUGUUGACGAUGAAGCCAAAAUCUUCCCAACCCCUUAUCUUAAAUUGUUUUGUUUCACUUUAGAGACACUGUUAUGUCUUCUUUUAUUAUUAUUAUUUCAAAAAUUGAAUUUUAUGUAGGUUGUGAGACUUGGUCACCCUGCUCGUCUGCUCAGUGCCGUUCAAGAGCAUUCCCUUGAUGCACUGUUGUCUAAUUCUGAAGGAACAGCCAUUGUGAGAGAUGUGAGAAAAGACAUUGAUGAAACACUGGUAGGGCAAAAGUAUAUUGUUUCUUUGGCUUUAAAUCAUGUUGAUUGAUUACCUGUGAAAGGGGAUUGACACUUUGUGAGAUGAAAGUUAAAAGGAUUACUUGCCCAAGGCAGUCAUGCCAGCCUAUCACAUCCCUUACACUUAUUACAUGUACUACGUGCCUGUCGGUUAGCUUCAGGCAUGGAUCCAUACCAGUUUCCACUGUUUUAUGGAAAUUGGUCAGAUUUUUUAUAACAAAUAUAUUUUUAGUAAAAAACUUUAAACUUUCCAAGUUGAAAUCUGGAAAAUGAUUUGGAGAGUCAGUAAAUAUCCUGUCUGAAUGACACAGAAACCCAGGAAAGGGGACUUUGGGGUGUUCACAUCCAAAAGGAUGCUCCCAGAGCUCUCUAGAAGUAGGAAGUCGGUCAGAAUUUAUUCUAGAUCUACAUUUGACUUGUACUUGAAACCUGCUUGCCUGAUGGGGCCCUCCACCAGUGCCAGGCUACUGGACAGCAGUUUUGUGCCCUGGAUUGAGCUUUGUAUGAUUGUCCUGUUUGAGUGGCUUUUCACACUCACCAACGGGUUGUAGAACUGACAUAGAUAUCACAAAUAACAAUGUUGCAUCUGCAGAAAAACACAAGAGAAUUGCAGGAAGGCCAAACUUUAAUAUUGUUUAUUGUUUAUUGUUUUGUUUGCCAAAAAUUAAACAAAUCAAAUAAAAUCUAAUUACCUUAACUCUCAUGGCAAGGAAGCCCAAGAAGAAGCCGCCGGGCUUAUAAGGAAUGGGCUCCCUCAGUUAGAUAAUUAGAACAAAAUAUUAUCAUAAUUACACACGGGAAAAUCAAUGGCAGAGCUACAGUAAAUCUCAAAAUAAGUAUAUUAGAUAGUCGUACUAAUUAUAGUUCUAGGCUAAAAAAAGCGAAAUGACAAAAAGAAAAAAACAAAACAAAACAAAAUAAAAUAAAAGAGCAAAGGAAGAAAAAAAAAUACAUAUAUAUAUAUAUAUAUAUAUAUAAAUUACUAUUUAUGACAAGAGGAAUGCUUUCAGCUUGCAGCAAAAGGAAGCGGUACUUGUUGCAUUUCGAAUUUCAAAACUAAGAGAGUUAAAAAAUUUAGGACCUUGGAAACUGAUGGAGAACUUUCUUAUAUUAGUCCUGCAUUGUGGUAAAUAAAAAUGCUCCGAACUUCUAGUGCCAUAAGAAUGCACCUGGCGUGUCACCAGAAACAUGUUAUUGAAGCUAUAAGGAAGUAAGCCAGAUCUGUAUUGAUACAUAAAUUUUCCUAUUUGAAGUUUGUAGAUACUCUCAAGAUUCAGAAUUUUUAAAUUUUUAAAUAAGGGGUCAGUGUGAGCAUCGAAAGCACUCCUCGACAUUAUUCUUACGACCCGUUUUUGAAGUGUGAUUAAUCUUCUGAGGUUUGAUGGGUAGGUCGAUGCCCAGACGCUCACGCAGUAGAAUAAGUAUGGGUAGAUAAGGCUAAAAUAAAGCAUCCGUAAGGAGGAAUUAUUAAGGCAAAAGCUUGAUUUAUAAAUUAUACCUAUGGCUUUAGACACUUUCCUAGCAACAUUAUGUAUAUGUGAUUUCCAUGUUAAAUGUUCAUCCAAAAUUACACCAAGAAAAGUAGCUUCCUUGACACGGUCAAUUGAAUAAUUACUAAUAUUAAAAGCUAAAUCAAGUGUUUGCCUGUUUUGUCUCGGUCUGAAUAUGAUAAAAUUAGAUUUCUUAACAUUAAUAGAUAGCUUAUUUGUAUAAAACCAACACGUUAUCUUUUUCAAUUCUAAAUUUACAACUUCCAUAAGAUAGGAAGCAUCAGUAUGCGAAUAGAAGGUAUAAGUGUCAUCAGCAAAUAGUAUCAGCUCUAAGACCUUUGACACAUUACAUAGAUCAUUUAUAUAUACUAAGAAUAACAGGGGACCUAAGAUAGAUCCCUGAGGGACUCUGCAAGUGAUAUCUAAUGAUGAAGAGUUGUAACCAUUAUAUUGCACAAAUUGUUUUCGACAAGAUAGAUAACUUUUAAACCAUUGUAAAGCAAUACCACGUACUCCAUAAUGUUCUAAUUUGUCGAGCAAAAUUUCAUGAUUUACUGUAUCAAAGGCCUUAGAUAAGUCAAUGAAUAGGCCUAAAGUUACCCUUUUAUUAUCAAGUGCAUUUUAGAUCUUGUCAUACAAUUGGAUUAAAGCAUGUGCAGUAGAAUAAUUUUUCUGAAUCCAUACUGAUUCCGGGAAAUAAUAUCAUAUUUAUUUAAAAAAUUAAUGAGGCGAUUGUAGACGAUUCUCUCUAGGAAUUUAGAGAAAACUGGUAACACUGAUAUGGGAUAAUAGGAUAAAGUACAUUGCAUUUGAAUAAAUUUAUAGGAUUUCUUGGAUUUUAGGUGUAGCAUAUCUGGGAAUUGGCUCUUCAUCUACCACAUUCCAGAUCAAAUUAAAAUUAAAAGAUGUUGGCUUUUAAGAAAAUGGAGAAAUUGGUGUACACAAAGAAGGUCCUAAAACUAAAAAAGAACUCAAACAUGUAACCUAAUAACAAUGACCUUAUCCUCUUUCAAAUUCUUUUUCACUACUGGUCAUAUAGAUAGGAUCUGUCUUUUCUCUUCGUAGAGUUCUUUACUCUUUCAAAAUGUACAAUUGUGUUCUUCUCUUCGUCUCUACUUGAUAAUGCAGUAAUGUUUAUAUAAGUAAGUAACAAGCAUGUAACUGUAUAAAUUUCUCUUAUUAUAACUGUAACUGAAUUUUUGGCCUUUCUAUCCUUUAUUCAUUAGUAAUGUUUAUAUAAGUAAGUAACAAGCAUGUAACUGUAUAAAUUUCUCUUAUUAUAGCUGCACCUGAAUUUUUGGCCUUUCUGUCCUUUGUUCAUUAGAUAAAGGUUAGAAAGACACGAAAUCCCUCAGAGAAGAAACAUCUGAAACAGGAAAUAAAGACACUUCGAGAAGAGCUCAGACAAAGAGAAGACAAGGCGAUCGCAGAAAUUCUCACGAGAGCUGAUGUUGUCUUAGCAACCAAUACAAGUGCAUCAGCAGAUGGUCCCCUGAAACUUGUUAAAGCAGAACAUUUUGAUUUGGUUGUUAUUGACGAGGCUGCACAGUCUUUGGAAGCUGGCUGCUGGAUACCUUUACUGCGGGCCCCAAGGUACAAGUACCUUUUUGGCUACACUAAGACUGUGAGCACACAUAAGCAACAAACACCAAAGCUAGAAAAAACGAGAGUGGAAGCCCGAACAAAGAAAAAAGUUUUUCCUCUCUCUUCCCCAAUCUCUUCUCCUUCUUAUCAUUAAUCUGCAUAAUUUUGUUUUUUUUCUCUCUCCUCGUGUGUGGCCAUGAGGAAAUAUGGAUGACUGCUCUUGGUCUGGGUUACACUGGCAUGUCUGUGAAAAAACCUUAGGGGUUCUUAACACAAGUGAUUUUAUGGCCCCACUUGUACUUUACAGAUGUCCUUUUGGCUCUUCUCAAAGACAACUAUUAAGAAAUGCAAUGCUGUAUAAUGUACAUGCUGGAACUUUUUCUAAUGUUGGGGGAGAGAGGCUGCAAAUGCACCUAAAGAAUGACACCAUCCUUUAAACCAUGUUUAAGAGGGAUCCCCAUAGGUUUCCCAGUGGUUAUUAUUGGCUAAUCCUGAACCCCAACAUACGUUCCAAAGUGGUCUCUUUCAAGGUUCUAGAUUCUCUCAUCUUAACCGGAACCAGUGACAGAAGAGGCAUAAAAAUAGGACAGGGUAAAAAUAGUCUAAUGACAGGGUCAAGGAAAAUGUCUGUAUCUUCUGUUAAUUAGUCAAGGAAAGGAUAUUUGAGAUAAUUUAAUUUAGCUGACUUUCCUUAUCAGAUAUUGGUUCUUUUGAACGACAUUUCCCGAAUUCCGUGUCACAAAAUCUCCAAAUCCUGCAUCCCUUUCAUAAUGACAAUCCCGAGUACAUGUAUCACCUCCUUGCUCCUCCAAAAUCGUGAAUCCCAAUCUUCCAAUAAGACAAAUCCCGCAUCCCGAAGCAUUGGGCACCCUCAAUUGACUGAAAAACGUUUACUUUUGGAGGGGAGGAGGGGGGGCGUUUGUUCUCUUCUUCUGGUUUGUUUUUUGAGGAGAGGGGGGCGGCUGUACGCAAAGGCUAGGUUCGACAUGAACCUUUGUUCUUGCCAGGUGUGUUCUUGCUGGAGAUCACCUUCAAUUACCGCCCACAAUAAUAUCUGUAGAGGCAGCGAAACAAGGCCUGGAAGUCACUCUGAUGGAAAGACUCACAAAGCUGCUGGGAGAUUCUGCUGUACGUAUGUUGACAACUCAAUACAGGUGUGUAAAACAGGAAAGUACAUAAUUAUCGUCAAUUUGGAUCGUUAUACGUUUCUGGGCAGAUGCUGUUCAGUACUGUGGGGACCAUCUCAUUUUUCUGAAAUGGAAUCAUUAUGAUGAUGACGAUGACGUCACCGCCUUUUGUCUUUAUCUCAUGAAUAAAAUGCGUUGGUUUAUCAUUAGGGGCCGACCAUUUAACUCUUGAAGGGGGGGGGGGGGGGGUGAUUUCUGGUCAUCAAGAAUUUUUUUUCUAGCAAUCUGGUGGGCAGGAUAUUUUUUUCCCCUUUUUUCCCCAUAAGCUUUCUAUUACAUUUGUGCUGCAUGCAAUGUUUUUCUUCCGACAAGCGCUUGCAGGAAAUUUUUUUUUCUAAAUCACCCACCCCCCCUCAAGAGUUAAAUGGUCGGCCCCUUAUUAUGGUGGUGGUGGAGAAGUGAACACAAUAAAAACAUGGGUGACAAUGGAGAAGGAAAAACAAUACAAAUUUGGUGGUGGUGGACGGAAAAAUAGAAAUGUGGUGGCGGUGGUGGAGGAAGAAAAACAAUGUAGAGAAGCAAAAAAGGGAGGAAGGAAAAUGGUUAAUUGCUUUUUUGGUGGUAGAAAGAGCUAGUUUGCCUUCAUCCUCAUUACUAUGCUUAAUUUGCGUGCCAAGAAUCAGUGAAUCAGAACUUUAUCAAUUGUUGAACAAUAAAAGCGGCAUGAAAUAGAACUUGCAGAAUUACGUUGUGGUUAAGUGAUUGUAAGUCACAGACGAGUUUGAGCUUAUCCCUUCGACAACAUGAAUUAAUCAAUGAAUACUUGAACCCCUCCCCACUAGAGAUAAGAGGGAUUAUAAUUAUAAGCCCCUACCUGAGAUAGCAGCGAUAUUAGCUGCUUAAUCUUACAUCUGCAUCAUAAAACAACCUGAAAGGAGUGGUUCACAUUGUUACACUGAAAUCAUUCGUUUGAAAAGUCAACUGCCUUGCCACUUCACUUCAAUUACGACCCUCCUAAAAUGAUGUUUCUUACUCAACGCAGAAUGAAUGCAGCGAUUAUGAACUGGUCAUCAGAGAAACUCUACGAGGGUCGACUACAAGCGCACAGUUCCGUUGAAUCUCAUCUUUUAAAGGAUCUUCCUGGAGUACAAGAAACAGACGUGACCUCACUUCCGCUGCUGUUAAUUGACACCACCGGAUGUGACGUCAGAGAGAAAGAGGUAGAGGACGAAGUCUCCAAAGGCAAUGAAGGUGAAGUUGACAUCGUCGCCACGCAUGUCAUGUCGCUUAUGGCCGCUGGUGUUAAGCCAAGUGAUAUAGCUGUUAUCGCACCUUAUAAUCUUCAGGCAAGUAUUAUCACAUUCAUUCCGCGAGUUAAAUGUGUUGUUAUAUUAAUUUCGUUUUAUGCAAAAAUUCGAUAAUCUUUCAGAAACAGAGCAAAACAUGACCGGUUUCGUACCAAAUUGUAAAUUAAUUUACAGAACGGUUAAAAAUCCCUCUUUGCAGGUGAUUUGGACCAUACAUACUUUUUUAUUACCGUACAUGAAGGCGUUCCACCAUUCUCUUCUGAGUUCUCCCUUUUAUCCAACGCCAUCUCAUCCCUGGCGGCUGUCUGUACUUAGGCGGGCGCUAACAGCUUCGUACCUGCUAAAUACUAUGCAAGAAAAAACGCUUUGUUAGCGGGAUAGACCAGUGAAAUUUGACUAUGACUAGCUUAGUUGUUGUUGUUUUUAUUGAGGACAAAAACCCUUUAAACAUUACAAGGGCUCGAAAUAAACUUGAAUUCCAGCUUGAAUUUCAUCAGACUUUUUUCCAACCAUGUUAAUCUACAAUGUUUUGAAAGAAUAUUGUCAACGAAAUUUUACAUCAAUAAGGUUAUGUACAUAAGAAACUUUAUGACAAAUCGUAUUGCGAUUAUAUCCUAUCUAUGCUGUACAACACCUGUUCUCAGUCGCCUAACAUGCAAUACGAACAGCUUUCGUAUUUAUUAUAGUCAGGUGUAGUUAAGUGCAGGAGUCAAUUUAUUAAACUAUUAAAUCUAUUACAAGUGUAAUUUACAAUUUUAAAUUACACUUGUAAAGUUUGUUUGAAAUUGACCCCAGGGUACAGUCCCUUCUUCCCUGCGCCAGAGAAAUCACGUGCAGUGUGUCUUUUGUCCAGGUUGAAUUGCUUAGGCUCCGCCUCUCGUCCCAGUACCCAGCGCUUGAGAUCAAGUCUGUUGACGGAUUUCAAGGAAGAGAAAAAGAAGCUGUUGUGAUUUCACUUGUGCGCUCAAACAGUAAAGGUAAUGCACGCGCGUGCCGCAUACAACAGGAGUUACAGCAGAAGAACAUAUCAGCUAAGACAUUUUUUAACGCGGAAUAACUAAGCCUGGGACAAAAUUCUUACUUGAACGGGAUUCGAAUCCAUUACCCUGCGAUAACAGAGAGUUUAAGCUUCACGUAUACGGCAAACGGCAUACGUGAGAUUCAAGUUGAGAAUUUCUCAAAAUAGAAAAUAAGCAGAUAAAAACUUCUCAAAACAAUUCUUAUGGAUAAAAAAUUGUGUGAAACUACUAAUUUAUGUGUAGAAAUAAUGAACAGUAAACGAAAGGUAAAUGAGAAACUUGGUCACGUGGUACAAAUACGCAUUUGCCGUUUGACGUCACGCGUAACAUGUGACCAAGCCCUAAGAAAGAACGUCUGCGUGCAAGGCUACUGCUAUAAUGGUGCAAUACCAUCUCGGAGUUAGACAUUAUGUCGUUUUAAAUCCCCUUCAAGCCUGAAUUUUUUCCCGGACUUACAGGCGAAUCUUCGCUGACGUCAUUGUUGCAUAUUUCCUCAUUAGGUUACGACUUAACUCAUAGAAGCCGUGGCCGUAUACAUAUACACGAACUAAAUUCAAAACUUGAAAGAGGUUAUUGACUUAUCUUUGCAGGCAAUAAGGAAGGAAAUAUCAGCCAUCAAAAGCUGCGAAAAUGCUGGGUGGCAAAAAAGUCAACGAGCCAUACAUUGUUUCUAAAAUUUCGAGUUUUUAAAAGAGAAUUCCUCCGAAACGAUUCAGUAUUUAGGGCUCAAAUUUCCAAAGAUAACUGAAAUUCUUCUGCUCUUUCAAUAUUCAGAGAUUUCGUUUUAUUAGCUUUAUCAGAUAAUAAUAAGCAUAUGUUGAUGAGGCACAAAGUGUAAACAAAGAUUCGCCUAUUCAUGGGGGAUUUAAAGGACGGCUUUAGCAUGUUUUUGUUACCAGGAGAGUCUCUCUUGUUACUACUAAAUUCGUGUACACAUACUGUAGAGGAUGUUGGUGCUGUUUUUUCUUUUUGUUUGUUUGUUUGUUUUUUUGUCCGAAUGCUUAAACUAAUAACUAAUUUUCCAGCUUUCUCUGUUUAUUUUGAAAGGCGAAGUUGGUUUUCUAGCCGAACACAGACGAAUUAACGUAGCCAUUACUCGAGCCCGACGCCAUCUUGCUGUUAUUGCUGAUUCUGAGACUGUAAGUAACGACGACUUCUUGAAAUCUUUAAUGGAGUACAUGGCCAGCCAGGGAGAGGUGCGAUCUGCGCAUGAAUAUAUCCACGACUCUUUUCCAACACUUGACGCUUCGUCUUACCAUUAUGAACACCACGAGGUGUUUAUAAAAGGAAAAAAUAAAGAUUACAAGAACAAGAAAGAAGUAGAAGCUAAGAAUGGGAAGUCCAAAGAUCGAGUGCCCUUGAACGCCUCAGUUAAUUGUGAAGCCGAGUCAGGCGUAGUCUGCAAUGGAAAUACCGAGGAGCGCGAUCAGUCUCUUUCAUCUCAUGCAAGCGUUAUUUCAACCCAAUCUUCACCUUCUGUAGAUUUCAAGAGCAGUGACGAUUAUCGACAGCUUCCUGGACCAUCGUCUUGUGAUACUACCGUUACUGCAAAGUACAGUCGUGAAACUUUAGAGAAAGAAAUUUUGAAUUUUACGCAGGAUAAGUCGAAAAAUGAACUCUCGUUUCCCAAGACUUUAAACUCGCAACAGAGAUUUGACGUGCACAGCAUUGCGGAAGAGUUAGGGCUCGAUCAUGAAAGCAUAGGAGAAGGAAAAGAGAGAUACAUUGUUGUAAGGAAACGGCCCAAGUCGGCUUCGAAAGGUGGGUUUAGCUGUUGCAUAAUAAAUGUUUUCUUUGCCAACUGAUGGGGAUUGUUAGCUUGGCAUCAGUUAUUUAUAUCCAGCAUUAGUAUUUACCAAACCAGUAGAUAGCGAUUUUCGCACGUUCGGAUUUGCUCCCGUAAUUCGGGGUAUCCUUGGCUAUUCACUUUUUUAGGACGGGAGUCAAUAUGGCGUCCUGUUUCACGAAAGUUUUAGAAGACGACAUUUCUGCAACUAAUGAAGCAGCUGUACCAAAAAUACCAAAAAAGCGACGAAAUUUGACUUGUUGAUGUUUAUCAGAAGGAGGACAAUUAUUUUCUCACCAAAUUUGCUACAGAAUUAAACAAUUGAAAAUAAAAACAAUUAAAGCGUUUUUACCAAAAGUAUAGUUUCAUUUUUAUCCAACAUAUUUGGUAAAUACGUAAACCACUAUCCUCUCAAGGUCGGUGCAUAGUGCCAGAUACAAACCUCGACGCUUUGCGUAUAUAUCCAUUACUUUUCACCUCCCGUAGGGGGGAUAGUUUAAUAUUAUUUGCAGGAUUUACUUUUGUUAUUUAGGGCAGUCUCUUAAACACAUGAACCAUCGCUACGCCGAGCAAACAAUUUUCUACUCCUUGGGGUCAGAUUUCCUUACAUACAGAAAGAAAAGUGUCGGUAGAUUUGGCAUGAUUUAAGUGACAAAACAUGAAUAAAAUGAGCCCCCUCCACCUUCCGCCGCCUCACAAUCCACACCCCACUUCGCAAAGUACCUCGCGAAAGAAGGUAUUGGAGUCAUCACUAAUAGAGUCAUCACCCAGGGGAUAUGUCCUGGAUUGAGACUACGAAAAUUACAAAUUUUGCAGGAAAUUACAUACAAUGGACGGAUAAAUACAAACAGGUUCAUGGCGGACCCUCAACGAUCCCCCAGUGGAUUUACGAAUGUCACAUUCGUAUCUUAACUUUAAUAUAGGUUAUGAGUUCUUUAAGGGGUUGAUUCAUUGCUUAAGCGCAAUUUAUUACUCAUUCAAAAUAUUUCCCCCAUUCUUAUUGGCUAAAAGCACACGUUUAAUUCACCAUAACCAGUUACUGAUGACCAAAUUUGGAAGAAAUUUGACUUUAACGAGGAAAUGAGGUCAAAAAUGCAGCGUUUUCGCAGGUUAAGGCACCGUCAACGGAGAAGACCUGGGGACGAGGUUGAGUUGUUUUGGUUGUGAACUUGAAAAAAUGGCGGACAUUUCACUCGUUUCAAGAGUAGGAACUAGGCGAAAAAAUAGCUAAAAACAUGGCAAGAACUGCAAGAAGACAACUCGAAGGGCGACAUCUGCUAUUUGGAGAAUAUUUGCGGAGCAGGACAAACCUAAACGUACACUAUCGAAGAUGAACUGAACAUCGAUGGAUCGAUAGAGGCAAGCAUGUUUUAGCUAUGUUUUUAAACUAGCAAUUGUUUUGAAUGAAUAAUAAAACAGUUAUUGAAUCCGGCUUUCGUAUCACAUGAAGAAUUAUGGAGAUCUCGGAGGGUGUUAUCCGCCUCGGCCUACGGCCUCGACGGAUUACACCCUCCUCAAUCUCCAUAAUUCUUCAUAAGAUACUCCGCCUCAUUCACCAAUUGUUAAUUAUUGAAAAAAUUAUCCUAGGAACGUUUCUCUAUUAUCUUCUACUUUUGCAUUUACAGACGAAAAUGAUGACAAUGAUCUAGUUAGCACUUGUCCUUUGUGCAAGAAGCAAGUUCCAAGUUGUAACCUUCAGCUUCAUUCGCUUCGCUGCGAGCAGCAACUCAGGUCACUAGUCAGGCAGCCGGACGAAACAAAACAUAAAGAAUAUUCUCCAGGAAGAAAAACCCCCAAACCGGUGAAAACCGGUGUAAAAACUAAACUUCCUCCUGCCAAACAACACGAGGAGGAUCUUGACAAGCUGUUGGCUUCUUUUACGAAGCUAGACACUCAGUGCGCUUAUGAAACUUGUAAACAGAGCAUAAGAACGUUGGGACAGAUUUGUAAAUGUUGUGAAAGGAUUUACUGUUUGUCCCAUCAUAUUCCCGAGGUUCACGGUUGUGGCGAGGCGGCUAAAAUUCGCGCCAAACAACUUUCCAGUCAGCCAAAGAGUGCUAAACCAAAAGCGUCAGACGCCUCGCGGAGAGCGCAAUUGCAUCGCAAGCUGGACAAAAAACUUGAUGACAUGUCGGAACAGAGAAGAGCAAAAAAGAAAGGAGGGGACGGCAAAAAGUAG